AUCCUGUACCAUCCUAUCCCGCCGGCGAACGACUGGAUUUUAAUAUGCCCGCGGCGGAACGGAAUUGUGGCUUCAUCGUGUCAGGAAAUGAGGCGAGCCGUUGCAUGGGAUCUCCGCCAGCCGCCUUGUGCAUGCCGAUACCGUCUUGCUUAUUCCGAUCCGCUGCUAGAUAACUAGCGCUCCCGUAUGAGCAACCUACGAAUAUAAUUCCAGUUUCCUCUUCCGCACCAAUUUCCCCUGCUUAUAUCCGUAGCUAACCGCGCGUUUCCUUCCCGCCACCCUCGCCUUCCGUGAUUCGGGCUGGUUAGAAGCGCUAUACUCCUCAUCUUCAUCCUUGUGCCGCGAAGCCCCAUUGUUGGCCGUCCAGUUAUUGUGAGACGCGGGGCAUAAACAGGAAUAUAUUGUGCUGGCGCCGGAGAUGAAUCUCAGCUGCGGCAAUCUCUUGCCCGGAUAUUACGCAGCGCCGCCGGCCAGUCAGAGCCAGAGCAGCAGCGCCGGCACACAUUCCAGCUCCGUCAUCAUCCAGGCCAACCGGGCCAACAGCAGCGCCCUGCUUUCCCCGGCGGCGUCGUGCGGCAGUGAGCAGCAGUCGGAGACGGGACCGUCCCUGGCCGACGCCGCCGUCUCCGCUGCCGCCUCCGGCAUGGACAGUACCGGUCAGAUGCCGUCCGGCAAUUCGGCACGUUACGAGUACGCGUACAGUUCAGCCAACCUCAACGACACCGGCCACGGCCAGAGCGUCAGCGCCGGCUACGACCUUUCCUCUCCCUCACUACACAGCCGGCACGCCGCCUGCCUCAGCGCGCCCACUUACGGCUUCUCGCCCUACCUGCAACAUGCCGCCGCAUCAGCCGCGGCCCUGGCGGCCUCGGAGCGCGCCGUGCUGUCGGGUCUGGAGGACACGAUGACGCUGCACUCGCACGCGCACAACCUCCUCAAAUCGUAUCCGCAGAGCGCCGUCGACUGCCUUACCUCGAACCCCAGCGCGCACUCGAACUUCCUCCUCUUCCGGCCGUCGCACGUCCACUCGCCCUUCGACCCCAAGUUCUCCGAGCUCUCGGUGGGCGUCGGCGUGGGCGUCAACGUCAGCGUGGACGCGCUGCCCAUGCCGGUGCCCGUCGUACCGCUGCACGUCACUAGCCACGCCCACAGCGGUCACUCACACCACGCCCUGCACCAGCCCAUGGCGCAGGGCGGCCACAGCCAGAGCCACGCCCAUUUUGUGGACAACCCCCACGGUCACCACGGGCACGGCCGCUCCUCGGCCGGGCACUUUAUCUCGCUGCACUCCAACUCCUUCAACAGCAAGACCGCGCCCCAUUUACCCAGCCAAUCAGCUAACCGAGCAGCCAACAACAACGCCGGCCUGCACUCGCGGCGCGGUUCACUGCAGCUGUGGCAAUUCCUGGUGGCGCUGCUUGAUGACAACAAGAACGCCGCCUUCAUCACGUGGACGGGGCGUGGCAUGGAGUUCAAGCUCAUCGAUCCUGAAGAGGUGGCGCGAUUGUGGGGCAUCCAGAAGAACCGGCCGGCGAUGAACUACGACAAGCUGUCGCGUUCCCUGCGCUACUACUACGAGAAGGGCAUCAUGCAGAAGGUGUCGGGGGAGCGGUACGUGUACAAGUUCAUCUGCGACCGGCAGGCCUUGUCGGCGCUGACCAGCAGCGACAAGAACUCCGGCAGCGGCAGCAGCGCCUUCGGACCUUCCUCGGGAUCCUCCGGCGGCGGACACCGGCACUCACGCCACCGCCAGCGCUCCAGCGGAGCGCGCAUGCACCUGCCGGGCACAUCGAUGCCGCUGCACAACGGCAUGUCCAUGGCCGAGCAGGCGCUCCUCCGCUCCUGAUCCGACCCAGGCCACGCCCAUUCGUCUGUCGGCUGCACGGAUCGCACAGCGGCCCGAUCUGGUUGUUUAAUUAAUAGCAUGCGCAUUGGUAACUCGAAGCUGAUAAUUAUGGCGGGACUGCGCUAAGCAGAGUCGUUUAUUUUGCACAUGCACCAGACCUUAUAGACGCAUUGGCCUUUGACUGAGCUGUUUUGUCAAGUGCCGCUACUAAGUGCGAGGCAGCGUAUUAUUCAUUUUAUCUAGUGA